CCCAGAUCUACACAAACAAUCCCACAGGCACCCCACACUCAAUUCCGAUUUCAGUAUACAUCCACUAUCUAAGGACAAGCAAGAUGGUGUAUGGUAUCGAAAGCCAGCAACCCAAGCCACCACCACGAGUGGUGCUCUUCGGCUAUGACUCAAGUCCAUUCGCCAAUAAAGUCCGCCUCGCGCUUCGAAUCAAACAAAUCCCCUUCUCCUACGUCACGGUCCCUUCAAUGAUGCCAAGACCACUCCUGAAAACAGUUUUCGGCCUGUCAUACCGCAAGAUCCCGAUCCUGGCCAUCGGACGAGACAUUUACUGCGACACUUCUCUCAUCAUCGAAGCCCUCGAACACUACUUCUCAGAGCCAGCAUAUGGAACCGUCUACCCAAAAGCCCGAGGAAAUGAAUUUUGGGACUAUCGACCCCUAGCAAGAGGAUUUGCAAGUUUCUGGACCGACAAACCGCUGUUCCGCACCACGACCGGUCUGAUCCCGCACACAGUGUGGGCAAGCAAAUUCGGCACGGACCGCGGGCAGCUCAUCGGGCACAAGCUGGAUCCAGAGAAGCUCAAAGCCAAGGUGCCGCAGAAUCUGGCGGCUUUCGAUCUGCAUCUGAGUCUGCUGGAGCCGAUGUUCAAGGCUUCGGGACGAAGUGAGGCUGGAGGUUGGGUUUUUCCAACCGACAGUCCAAGCCUCGGCGAUCUGAGCCUUUGGUAUCAGAUCAAGUGGGGUGUGGAUAUUGCGAGUGGCAAAGGCAUAUAUAAUCUUACGGGUGGCGGGACGAGGGAUACGGAUGAAGAUACCACAGCAGGUGUAUGGAAUGCGCAGAGAUAUCCGAGUUUGUGGCGCUGGUUCCAUGAGUUUGAGAAGUACGUCGAUUCGCUGCCGAAUCUUGAGGUGGUGGUCAAAGACGGUGAUCAUGCUUGGAAACGAGCCUUGAAAGAGACAAAGCUUUGGAAGGAUGAGAGAGUUCUGGUUCCGGCUGCGGCGGCCCCACAACAUAGCCUUGAUGUUCAGAGGGGACUGAAGCCGGGGGUUGUGGUGAGUGUUGUGCCGGACGAUACGGGGAGGGGUGAUCCGACGACUGGGAAGUUGAUUGCGAUAGGUGUUGAAGAGGUGGUCAUUGAGCCGGAAACCAAGGGCGAAUUGGAAGUAAGAGUACACUUCCCAAGGUUGGGAUUCGUUGUGAAGAUGUUUAGUAGAGAAGAGGCCAAACUCUAAGCAUCAUGGCCUAGAAGCUUAAGGCUCCAGGUGCCUUGCUAGACGUCGCAAUUCCGGUGUAGUACAAUCUUGAUCGAAAGCCACAUGCUCUACUUCCC